AUGCUGGUGCAGCCAAGAGAUGGUCUUGUUUGCGCAUGGACGACGGCCAAGGUCAUCUUGCUGUUGUCCCUGUCCAUCUUGAGCUGCAUUGACGUGAAUCACGCCCAGCUUGACAGUCACGGCUUUCUAAGCAUCGACUGUGGAUACACGGAGAGGCCCAGUUACACAGACGACAAGACAGGCAUAACGUACGUGGCGGACGUGGGCUUCACCGACGCCGGCGUGAUCCACCCACUGUACAAGAACAUCCGCUACUUCCCCAACGGCACGCGCAACUGCUACACGAUGCGGUCGCUGCCGCCGCCGCCUGCCAAGUACAUGGUGAGGGCCAUCUUCGGGUACGGCAACUACGACACCCUGAACAGGCUCCCCGUGUUCGACCUCUACCUCGGUCUCGGGCCCAACUACUGGACCACGGUGACCAUCGUCAACUCGAGCACGGCGUACAUACACGAGACCAUCUCCGUGUCCGCCGCCGACUACCUGCAGGUCUGCCUGGUCAACCGAGGGCUCGGGACCCCGUUCAUCGCGGGGCUCGACGUGAGGCUCCUCAAGCCCAGCCUCUACCCGGACUCCACCUGGACGCAGUCCCUCGUCCUGCUCAGCUUCUUCCGCCCCGACGUCGGGUUCGGGCCCAACCGCUACCACUUCGGCACCGACUACCGCCACAUCAGGUUCCCAGACGACCCCUACGACAGGAUAUGGCAGAGGUACGAGCAGGUCCCUGGCUGGACAGUGGUGCCCGACGCCAUCAACGGGGACGUCAAGACCGCUCCCAACGACACCUACGGCGCGCCGUCCGCGGUGAUGCGCAGCGUGUCCACCCUGGUCAACUCGUCGGCGACGAUGGGCCUGUACUGGAGCCUGGACGGGUCCAUGAGCGGCGCCUCCUCCAGCGACAAGUACCUCCUCGCGCUCUACUUCGCCGAGGUGGAGGCGCUGCAGCAGGGCGAGUUCCGGCAGUUCGACGUGCUCCUGGACAACUUCACGUUAGCUAGCGGUUUCAGGCCACAGCAGAUGACGGCCACGGUUCUUUCGGCCAUUGCUGUGCAAGGAGCGGGGAGCCACGCCGUGUACCUUGUGCCAGCUCUCAACUCCAAGCCUCCGCUGAUUAGCGCCAUGGAGGUGUUCUUGGUUCGGCCCCUCAAUGAGUCUGCCACUGACUCUGGAGAUGCAACCGCGAUGAUGGCCAUCCAGUCAAAGUAUUCGGUUAAGAGAAACUGGGCAGGGGAUCCCUGUUCCCCCGUCGCUUUUGCGUGGGUUGGAGUGAACUGUAGCUACGCUCCCAGUGCUCCACCGACAAUAACUGCCUUAUACAUGUCAUCUAGCGGACUAGCCGGUGAAAUUGAUCCGUCCUUUGGUCAGCUAACAUUGCUCCAGCACUUGGACCUGUCUCGCAACAAUCUAAAUGGACCAAUACCAGAUUUUCUAGGCCAAAUGCCAUCACUUACAUUUCUGGACUUGUCGAGCAACAACCUCAGUGGAUCAAUACCUAAUAAUCUGCUACAAAGAUCCCAGAUAGGAGUGCUGACACUAAGGGUUGACAACAAUCCAUACCUAUGCACAAAUCAAUCUUGUGCUGCCAUUAUUCCAAACCCGAGGAAGCGCAAGUCAGUGCUCAUAGCUUUGAUUAUUGCUCCAGUCGUCGGCGCUAUUAUCAUCGUGGCUGUACUCCUACUCAUCAUUUGGCAUAGGAAAAAGAAAAGACAAGGUGGGGCUCGUGCUUCCAAUCCAUUUGAGAGCCGGAGAUUCAAGUACAAGGAACUAAGGGUCAUCACAGAUGACUUCAGAAACGUCAUCGGGAAGGGUGGGUUCGGCCUCGUCUACAGUGGCAAGCUGGAUGGAACUCCAGUUGCUGUCAAGAUGAGGUCUCAGACAUCUCUGCAAGGGAAUGCAGAGUUUUUGGCCGAGGCUCGGCACUUGGCCAAGGUCCAUCACAAAAAUCUGGUCACCUUAAUUGGCUAUUGCAAGGACCGAAAACAUUUAGGCCUUGUUUAUGAAUACAUGGACGGUGGAAACCUAGAGAACUAUCUGAAAGGCAACGAAGCUGAUCAUGCCGAACUGCACCUGACUUGGAUACAACGCCUCAAGAUUGCACUGGACUCUGCCUACGGGCUGGAGUACUUGCACAGGUCAUGCAACCCUCCUUUGAUACACAGAGAUGUGAAGACCCAGAACAUCCUUCUCACCUCAAAAAUGGAGGCGAAGAUCGCCGAUUUUGGCCUCACAAGGGCUUUCAGCAGUGAAACAAGAACACACACCACCACCCGACCAGCGGGUACUCUUGGGUACCUAGACCCUGAGUACUACAACACCUCUCACUUGAGCGAGAAGAGCGACGUGUUCAGCUUCGGCGUCGUGCUCCUGGUGCUCGUCACCGGCCGUCCGGCUAUCGUCACCGUGAACGGCACCGAAAGAGCCCACCUCGCGCACUGGGUGCGGGGGAGGCUCUCCCAGGGAGACAUCGACAACGUCACCGACCCAAGAAUCAGGGGGGACUGCGACGUCAACUCCGUGUGGAUGGUCACUGAGCUGGCGCUCCGCUGCACGGAGCAGGCAGGGAAGGACCGCCCCACCAUGUCCGAGGUCGCGGAGGGGCUGAGGGAGAGCCUGCAGCUGGAGACGGACUCACACUCUAGGAGGAGGACCGCUUCGGUUGGCUCAGCGCUCACUGAAACCGAGUCAGUCAUCGGUGCGCUGGAGUCGGAACACAUUGAAGAAACUCUGCCCCGCUGA